AUGAGAUAUGGUCACGUCAUGCGGCAUGUAACUGACUUCGCAGUCGAGGGCCUGCGGACUUUGGUGAUUGCUGACCGGCGUCUUAAGUCUCCAGAUGAGUACGAUUCCCUGCUAUCCGAGCUACAAGAGGCUAGGGGCAGGAUCGGUCCCGAGCGUCAGGCCUCCAUCGAUAGGAUCUAUGCCAAGAUAGAGUCCAAUUUUACGCUUCUCGGCAUCACAGGAAUUGAGGACAGGUUGCAACCAGGAGUGAGGAAGUGCCUCAGGAGUUUACGCGCUGCUGGAAUUCAGGUUUGGACUUAUUGA